AUGUCGGAUAUGAGAGAUAAAUCAAGUUCAAUGUCGGAUUCAAAUCAUUCAUUACCAUUAGAAAACAAGACUACUGCUCCUAACGACUCUAAAAUCGAGAGUAUUGUGAAAGCUCAAAUCCUCUUCUUGCUAUCCACUUUACGGGAAGACCAGUAUGAUACAAAACUUGAGCAAAUCAGGCAGCUUAUCAAUAAGAACGCGCCAGGUGUAUAUCAUCAUUUCCUUCGUCGUUUAGUGCAAGGUAAUUCCUAUCGUAUCUUUGGUACUGGGAAGUCAUCUGACGGUCUAGCGACAUACAAGUUGUUGCUAGAUGAGCUUAAGUCAUUAACAAAAUCUUGGGCUUUAGCAAGGCGGUUCAGCGAUGCUAUUUCGGGGUCUGAUUCAGAAGUUUUUGAAGACUUCGAUAUUGAGACGUUUUUAAACCACUUUCAGUUUUCCCCUUUAGAACGCACAAAUAUAUUAAUUGGUUUGACUACCUCCAUAAAACCGUCUCUUUCCAAGAAGGCCUCGGCUUUGUUAAAGGAAGAUUUCCAGCCUUUAUUGAAUCAGCUCUCUAAUCCUAAUCUUCAACCGUACAUGGAAAAGGUUGAUUUAGACAUGUUGAGGGAAGGUCUGUUUACUUCAGAUUAUGACCGUGUACCGCUGAUUCAAGUUCCUAAAUUUGAUUUAGUGGUUGAAAAGCGUCUAGCUAAUUGCCGCCCUCUUGCUGCCCUGUUUGGUAAUUUAAAGAAUUCGAAAGCUACCUUAAAAACCAUGAAAGAAGCCAUAACCAAGAAAUAUCCUCCCGAAUCCGUUACCGAAUCAGAUGUCGCUUUUCUCAUAAAUUCUCUAGUUGCGAUUCAUGACUAUGGUUCAUGGGACACAGUCUUGAUGGGAAAGGCAAUUGUAUCAGCCUUUGAGCAUUUAGAUUGGGAAUCGAUGCUUCCCAUGUUCGAUAAUCCUAAAUUUAUGGUUACUGGAAGCCCUAGUCUCAUCCUAUUCAUGACUAUUUUCACUAAUGCUUUCAAACUCAAGCAACGAAUUUUCACAUUGGAUUUUCUUUGGAAUCUUUGGAAGAACCCCUUAUCCCAGCUAUCUAUUAUUUCGCAUAUUAUUUUGACACCUAUUUCUUUAUUUGACAUCAAAGGGUAUAAUAUAACCCCUAUCGUUUCUGCUGAAGAUUUGGAUGGUUACAGUGAAGAACUUGUUAAUUAUGCUAAGGGUUACGAACAGAGUAACCUUAAUUGUUUAGAACUUGUUCGUGUGCUUCUUCGAUUAUUAACUGAAGUCGUUACUUACGAAACUUCCUUAUUUCUGAAUUUUCUGGAUGAAAAAAUUUCCGCUGAACUUUUACUUUUGGGAACUCUUCAGUUAUCUAUGCCAUGGAAUCAAGUUCAAGAGUCACUAGCCUUCCAAUGGUGUUCGGAUUUUUUCAGUAACUUUCCCCAACACAAGUUUGUUUUUCAUAGGAUUGAGCAUACGAAUCCCCAAUUUCUCUUUGCAUUUUUGCGAAGCUUAUGGCUUAAAGACAGCCUGUCGAUUGGCCAAAUUGUCAGUUUUAUUGUUGAAAAUAAUUUUGUCGAGCAUGUCAAUAGUAUUCAGCCUAAUCGUUUUGCUUUAGAGAUUGCAGCUCUUGCUUGUGCUCGUAAGGCAAUUAAUUUUCAAGCAUGGCUCGAUGGAAGGUUAUCCGAAUUUGAAGAUGCUGAAAGCCUCAAUAUUUUUCUGGUUGAAGUCUUAGACUUUUUAAUGGUCCAUGCUGCUUUGCAAAAAUCACCAACCGAGAAUAAGGAACAAGUCAUACCGUUAUCUAUUGAUGUCGUUAAUAUUCUUUUAACUACGCUAAUGGAUAAUGUUAGCAUUUCAGAGGAAGUUAGCGAGCACAUAAAGGAUGUACAGAUUCUUUGCCUUCAGGUUUACCCCCGUCUUUUCGCCCUUGGGCAUGAUCGUGACGAUCUUAUAAUAAAUGUUAAUGGUACGAAUUCCUUCUCUCCCGAUGUGGAAGCUGAAGUAGAAUCGUUUUUCCAAGCAUUAUACGAGCGCAAGUUAUCCAUUGGUAAAAUUGUGCUCACUCUGCAAACUUUUAAGAAAUCCGAGGAUCCUCGUGAUUUGGAUUUAUUCGCUUGUCUGCAACACAGUCUUUUUGAUGAGUAUAGGUUCUUCCCUGAUUAUCCUCUGGAAGCUUUGGCACUAACUGCGGUUUUAUUUGGCAGUUUAAUUCAAUUCGAUCUCCUUUCUUUUGUACCACUGGGUGUUGCUUUGCGUUAUGUGUAUCAAGCUCUUUUAAUGCCUACAGAUACCAAGAUGUUCAGAUUUGGUAUGCAAGCCUUAGUGCAAUUUCAGGACAAGCUUCCAAAGUAUAUAAAUUAUUGUAAUCUGAUUCUCGGAAUCCCUUCUUUACAACUAACUCGACCUGACAUUUAUAACUCUAUUAAAGAGAUGAUUGCUUCCGCAGAAACUUCAACCUUGGAAGCUGAAAAGGAGGUUGUGAUACCGGAAACUUCUGCUCUUCCGAGUCCCAAAUUGCCUUCUUAUUCAUUUGUUUCCAUUAGGGUACCAGCAUUAUCUUUUCCCAGUGUUAGCGGGGAAAUUCAGGAGUCAGUUUGCGACAACAUUCUUUUCGCUUUGAAUAAUCUAUCGCAACUUAAUUUUAAUGAGAAAUUACAGACUGUCAAAGAAAGUUUAAAACCUCCUUAUUUAGCAUGGUUUUCUCACUAUAUAGUUACGCAACGUGUUAGUCGGGAAGCCAAUUUUCUUACUUUAUAUAGUAAGUUUUUGGAAGAAUUAAAAAGUAACGACUUAUAUAAAAUCGUUUUCCGAGAUACUUUGCAAGCGGCGUUGGACAUCUUAGAUUUGGACAGUGAGACAUUGUCUUCCAUCGAGAAGUCUAGUUUGAAAAACCUGGGAUCAUGGUUGGGAAGUAUAACUUUGGCUAGGAACAAAUCUAUCACUACGAUGAAUGUCUCAUUCAAGGAUCUAUUACUCGAGGGUGUCGACAGUGAGAGAAUUGACCGGGUACUUCCUUUUGUAUGCAAAGUACUGGAGAAGGUUACAUCGUCAGAUGUGUUCAAACCACCGAAUCCUUGGUUGAUGGGAAUUCUGAGGUUACUGGUUGAAUUAUAUCAAUUUGCUGACUUCCGUUUGAACAUGAAGUUUGAAAUAGAGUUAUUAUUGCAAAAUAUUAACGUGAAAAUUGAAGAAAUUGAGCCUUCGGAAUUGUACAGGAAUCAUUUGAUCCGUAAAGCCGAUUUAGAGAGGGAUCUUCCAGAAGAUGUUGGAAGCCAAGACUUGCGGAGCGAUGCAAAUAUCAUAAUGCAAUAUAUCGCAGCAGCUUCACCUCAAAUAAUCGUUUCUGAUGCUGUUACUCAGAUAUUUGGAAAAUCUAAAGCCGCAAUAAAAAACAGUAUGCACCUAAUCAUACAGCAAUCAGUCUUGGAGAUUAUAUCUGCUGUUGUUAGGCGGUCUGUGGGUAUAUCAGCCAUAACCACUGAGAGCUUAAUACAAAAAGACUUUGCAGCUGAAUCGAAUCCUUCAAGUUUAUUGUUGGCUGCUAGGCAAAUGGCUAAAACACUAGCCGGAAAUUUGGCCAUGGUUACAUGUCGGGAGCCCUUACAAAUGCUGAUGAUUAACAAUUUGCGCACAAUGAUUUUACAGGAUGUAGAAAACGUACAUGCGGCCGUUGCUCAAGCCAUAGAUGAGCUUGUGCUUCAAAAUCUGUUCAUUGCCAGCUCUAUUGUUGAGACUGUGGCAUCCGAAACUGCCAUUGCUGAGAUUGAUGCAGAAAUUGAACCUAUGAUUGUUGAACGUGUUCAUCAUAGAAAAACCAACCCAAAUGUUCCUUUUGUUGAUCCUGCUGGUGCAGCAAAUUUACAUCUUAAUUUGCCUGGAAUAUUGAAGCUUUCUUCUGAUUUAGCUCCCCAGCAAUUUCAACUAUACGAAAAUUUUGAUCGCCUAAGCCUGUUUACCAUUAUGAGUAACUCUGGAUACGGCAAUGUGAGCGAGGCUCGAUCAGAAGUUGCUGAGGGUUCAGAAACACCAAAUGAAAGCGUGAAUGUUCCUAUGGAAGAUGAAGUAAAUCAGGCUGCAUUAAAUUACGCCCGAAAUCUUUUGAUGGUAAUAGCACAGAUUUUACAACUGUCCAGUCAAGUACCGUUUACUAGUAUGCAAGAGGUACCUGCUGAGCAUGAGUUCCACGAUUUGGUCAAUCAAUUCCUGACGGGUGUUGCUGCAAUCAACCAUCCUAUUGCUGAUCAUGUCUUUCUUUUGUGUGCACAGGAAUGUUGUCGAAUUCUUUUAACCGAAAGUGCUUCUCCCUUUAUUCUAGAAGUGUUCUGCGCAAUUUUAGAAUACAUAUGUCAAGCUUCUAAAAAGACCGCUAUAAGUGUUUCGUUGUAUUGGAACUUUUCUAGUGAUAUUGAGAAGCUGAAUCUUCCUGUCAUCCUUAGUCUAAUUCGUUUUGGUAUCUUGACAACUGCCGAGGUAGACUACCAUGUUGCUCGGGGUAUUGACGGUGAACAAGGUAAAGGUCCCGUUACUACAUUCGCUAUAGGAUUACUGAACACUGCUGUUAGCGGAGAAAAUCCUAUGGCAUUGCCGGGUAAUUUUGUGAACUCUAUCAGUAGUCUUUAUAAACACAGCCCUAUAUUUGCUGGCGAGGUGAAGGAAGCUUACGACCAGUUGUUUGAGUCCAUGGGUAAAAUUGCCUCUCCAGCACAGGAUAUUUUGGCAGUGCUUGAUAAUAAGGAGCAACUGAAUGAUCAAAUGAUAAUUAUAUUCGUUUCUUGGGUUCAUCUGUUACGCAACUCUGCAACUGAUGAUGCUCUUAAGGCUGCUUUUGUUUAUCAACUUCAUAAACAGGGAAUUCUAGGUGAUUUGGAAUUGGCAAUACAGUUCUUCCGCUGCAAUUUGGAAGCUGUUCUAGUUGCUUUCCUGGAAGCUGCAUCAGCGAAUGCACCAGAUUACUGUAAUGUAGAUGCUUUUGCAUCUCUAAUAGUAAAUGUUGUGAAAUACUCCGAAGCUAAAAGUGAAGAGAGUACGAGCUUGACCAAGAGUGUCUUUUUCCGAAAGAUUAUGGCUCUUAUUACAGGGAUUUUUGCCGAAUUGCAUAAUGCAAUGGAUGAAUUUGUUCAUCAAAAGACGUUCUUUAGAUUAUUUUCGAGUAUUCUAUCCGAACUUGAUGAAAGCAACGAUGCGUUUGAAUCAAAUUUUUCGGAUAUAUUCAUCAUAAUUCUUCGCAGUCUUCUUGCUGUCCAACCCAAUUACUUCCCUGCCUUUACAUUUGCAUGGUUAAGUUUGAUUUCACAUGCUUAUCUUUUGCCCAAGAUUCUAAUGGCUAAUAAUGAAGAGAUCAAUAGUCUGUAUAGUGAAAUUUUAGCCGCAUUUUUGAAAUUUUUAAGCUUAAAGGAUGGAUAUGACAAGGCACAGUUUAAGUUGUUAUAUAAUGGAUUUUUACGUAUCGUUCUUGUCUUGCUGCACGAUUUCCCUGGCUUUUUGGCAACUCAUUGCUAUCAUUUGAUUCCUCAUAUUCCUUUGGAAUGCGUACAACUGCGGAAUAUGAUUUUGAGUGCUUUCCCUAACGAUAUGCAUUUACCCGAUCCUUUUGCACAAGGCUUAAAAGUAGGAAGAUUGCCGGAGGUGGCUUGUGCUCCUUUGAUUUCUGAUAAUAUCCUGUCUUCUUUGGAUGAUUUUGGAUCUCAAUUAAGCCUAGAUACUUGUUUGAUUUCUAAUAAACCAGCUGACGUCGGCAAGUUAUACCUUGAAGCUUUUUCAAGUCUUGAGUCUUCUGAAGAACUGAAUGAAUGGGCUAAUUUAUUUAUUUUGUGGCUUAUUCGAUUCGCUACAAAGGAUUUACAGUUGAAGCAGGCACCUCAGUUCCAACCGAAAUCUCCCGAGUGCGUGAUUAUUAGUACACUUAAUAAGCAUUGCAACUCUAGAUGCCGUUACUUCUUGUUGACAGCUAUUGCAAAUCAACUACGUUAUCCAAGUAGUUAUACAUAUUAUGCCAGCUGUUUCUUUUUAUACCUCUUCAAAAGUUCCUCAAAUAUUCCCCAAGAGCUGCUUAUAAAGGAACAGAUGACGAUGGUUUUAUUAGAAAGAAUUAUAUGCAAUCGUCCUCAUCCAUGGGGACUUUUAAUCACUUUCACUGAACUUUUAAAGAAUGAAGAUUAUAAUUUUUGGAAACAUCCUUAUAUCCGACGAAAUGACGAAAUUAGAAGAUUGUUUGAUAGUCUUCAUGAACAUAUUAUGGCCCCCUCGGCAAACAUAAUGAAUGCAAGAGAAGAAGGAACAGAGAUUAUGGGUCAAGUCUAA